AUGUCUCAGAGUGAGAACUACGUGUUCAAGCUGUCGAAGAAGUCGACGACGGACCGGCGAAAUAUGUUCCUCUUUUCCGUCGAUCCAGAUAACUACAGCGUCUACAUGUUUGGGGGCUGGAACCUCGACCGACACCCAAGAAUGACAAUUCGGACGUUUUAUCGCUGGCUAGACUUAAUCCUGGCUAGAAGGGCUUUCCCCGAGGGGCCGUACGAUUUCGAGCUGCGAGUAUUCCAAGUGCAGGAGCGUUACCCCCUCCAUUACGGCUUGAACGACCGCGCGGCCCUUGGGCCGGCCAUCGCACGCGACGCCGAGGGUGCGAUGCCCCCAGGCGUAUAUGCCGCGUUCUAUCCGGGCUCGGACAAGGUGUACUGGUUUGGGGCCAAGGCGGAUAUGCGAGCAGUCAGGUCUUUGCAAGAUAUUCUGGAGAAUAAGUAUGGAAAACUCUCCCGAGAACAGAUCGAGGCUCUCGCUACAGAAUAUAUGCAUAUUUCUGCUCCCAUCGCAGAGCAGGUUAAGCAACGCGACAACAACCGAUGCUUCUUUACUGGCCGAACGGAUGUUCUUACGGUGCAGGUUAUCGUCAUCCCUGCGAACCAGGUCACUGGAGAGUCCGUCGACAAUGUUAUCACAAUCUCGUCCGAGCUGGUCGACGCGUUCCGCAGGAACGCGCUCAGCGUCGAUUACGAUAACGAGGCUUAUCGGACCGUGGUGUUUGCCGUCUUGUCUCCUGAUCCCGAAGUCAACGCGCGGCUCAUUUCGCUUGUCCAGUCCAACACGGUAUGCACCCCGGCAACCGCGCCCGCGCUCGCCGCCGAGUUCCUGCGUCACCAUUUUAUGUGGACGCUGCGGGUGCAUUUCGAGGGCGGCGACAUCAGAGGCGACUACUCGGAGACGAUCAUCGAUGAGCUGAUGGUGGAGCUGGCGGAGGAUGGUGAUUUCAGCGACGAGCGCUGGAAGGCGGGUGAGGGCAUCGAGAGGGACAUUGGCGACGAGGUCGUGCGGCUGUGGAAGCGGAUCUAUCCUCGCUGGACCGCGCCGAGCCGCGUGGUGUUCCCUGUAGACCCGGAGCCGGUCCGCCCAGAGCGAUAUCGGCAUACGAGGAGAGCGCAACAGGUUUAG